CACCGCAACAAAUGGCUUCUUCAAGGUUGUUGUGGGCUUCAUCAAGGGCUGCUUCUUAUCUCAGGAUCUCUGUCUUCCACAGAGGCUUCUCUUCCAUUAUAAAGGAUCUAAAAUAUGCUGAUUCUCAUGAAUGGGUAAAGGUUGAUGGCAAUUCUGCCACAGUCGGUAUAACAGAUCAUGCUCAAGAUCAUUUGGGUGAUGUUGUGUAUGUUGAAUUACCAGAAGUAGGGACUAGUGUAUCACAAGGUGGCAGUUUUGGUGCAGUUGAAAGUGUCAAGGCUACGAGUGAUAUUAAUUCUCCUGUUUCUGGAAAAGUGGUUGAGGUGAAUGAAGAGCUGAACAGCUCCCCUGGUUUGGUUAACUCAAGCCCAUAUGAUAAAGGAUGGAUUAUUAAGGUGGAGAUGAAUGAUGCUGGUGAAUUGAAGAGCUUGAUCGAUGCAGAUCAGUACUCCAAGUUCUGUGAAGAAGAGGACUCGAAGCACUAAUUGGACCACCUUGGUUAUGUAGGAAUGGCUUAUAUUGUGCUUAGAGUGAUCAUGCUCUAUCAGGGAAGCCAAAAGUGCAUAUUUCUUUCUUGAGGUUUUCAUACAACUAUGUUAUUUCAUGUCUCUUAUACUUUCUUAUGGGCGACGAAUUUGUUGGAAUAUUUUUCUUUAGAUUUAAGGAUAAUCAAUUGAGGUUGGCAAAUGAUUUUAGCCAUUUGCAUCAAAUUUGAAAUUGAUAAAGCUUUUGAUAAAAUUCUGGAAUGGUUUAGGAAAUGCAGCUUGUACAAUCUUUGGUGAGUA